AUGCUGACCAUGGACCCAGGGUCGCCACAUCUACCCUUGCCCAUCAGGACAGUUCUUGGUGGCACGUUGUUUACAUCCCCAUCCAUAGCAGUCGACGAAGAACAACGUGACAACCCUGAGCCAUAUCCGGAGCGGACUGCCAUCAGCCGGCAUCCUGGGCCAGAUCACUCCGAUAACGGGUCCUUUAUCGGCGAGGACGUCGAGUACGAAGAAGACGGCUCAUUGUGGCUACAAUCCCCAUCACCCACCUCGGACGCCAGGACCGGAACGCCACUAUAUGCGCUGGAGAUGUCCCCCUCCGAGAUGCAUUCCCAGUCAUCGGGCUCAUCCCCCAGAUUGAUCCGCAUCCCGGCAACCAACUUCCUCGACGCGCGCUUCGCACUCAUGCCCGUCCAUGUGAAGUCGGCUGGCGAGAGAUCUUUCACAGGAGAGUCCAGCAGCUUCUCCUUCUUAUGGGAAGACAACAGAGGGGAACCGUUCACCCGCGUGCUUCCGGCCUUAGGUACGUCGGAGCCAGCUAAGGAGCCUCUUCCCCGGCGGUUCUUGAAUGGAGUGCCAGCCUUCUACCAAAACGUCCUCAUCUGA